AUGGCGCGUGUCUUUGUCUACGGCACGCUUAAGAAGGGCCAGCCCAACUACAAGCACAUGAUCAACACUGCCAAGGGGCUAGCGAAAUUCCAAGGAAGGGGCCGCACGGUGGAGAAAUACCCGCUGGUGAUUGCAGGAAAAUACAACAUUCCUUACAUGCUGAACAUCCCAGGGACAGGACACCACGUUGCUGGGGAGAUUUACUCAGUUGACGACCAGAUGCUGCAGUUCCUGGAUGAGUUUGAAGGCUGCCCAGACAUGUACCAGCGUACCCUGAUGAGAAUCGAGGUGGUGGAGUGGGAAGGGAAGGGCGGCGCGGGCGAGGCGCGGGCAGCUGCCGAAGGCGUCGUGGAGUGCUUUGUGUACAGCACGACAACGUACCCACCCGAGUGGGUCGGCCUCCCCUACCAUGACAGUUACGACUCCUCGGGGAAACACGGCCUCUCCUACGUCCUACGCGAAAGCCGGGAUUAG